AUGGCUUUCAUCUUCACCUGUGGAACGCACACGUUCAACUCUCUCCUUGCAGGCUCUGAGAACAUAACAGCGCAAUGUCAGAACUGUGGCAACUUCACGGCCAAAGUCUACAAAAGAUGGGAAUGGUUCACGUUCUGCUUCGUUCCUCUCAUACCAUUCUCGCUCAAGCCACACCAUGAAGUCGGUUGCCACAUCUGCCACUUUUAUCAAGACAUCAGGCAUCGUCCAGAUGUACAGGAAAUGAUGAACAACGGGCAGUCGUCUCAGCAAAUUCCGAUGCAGCCGUAUGGAGCACCACCUCAGCAGUACAAGGCGCCAUCAGGGCCGCCGCAGUACGUGUGA